AUGUCAUCCUCGUCCUUGUGUGUACUAGUUCUCCUUUCUCUGCCAGUUCUUGCAGCCCACACCUCCAAAGGCUGCCCCCAUGGGUGCUUCUGCUAUGAGUCCUCCAGUUUUGUGGACUGCCAUGCUCGGCACCUGCCCCAUAUCCCCAGUGGUAUCCCUCACAACACGUGGAUGCUGGACCUGAGACACAACAACUUGAGUGGACUCGAAGGAGGAUGCUUCGAUGCUCUGUGGUCCUUGAAGAUCCUCCUCUUGUCCCACAAUUCCCUCACCCGGAUCUGGCCCAAAGCCUUCAAGUCCCUGAACUUCCUGGAGAAGAUGGACCUCAGCCACAACCAUCUUGCCCGCCUGCCACAUGACUUCUCAGAUGACCUGACAUCCCUCAAGGACCUCAAAGUGGCUCACAAUUUUCUGGUAUCCUUGGGUUUUGAAAGUCUUCAGUAUCUGGAAAACUUGGAAAAGCUGGACCUGAGCCACAAUCGGGUGAUUGCCAUCGAGAGGGGAACCUUCCGGGGCCUGUCCAGACUCCGGCAUCUCUAUCUUCAGUCCAAUCGGCUUGCGGUGGUCCACAAUGGCUUCUUCUUCAUGCUCCAAAACCUGGAAGUCCUAUUGCUUAGUAACAACAACAUCAGCCUUAUUGAGGUGCAAGCGUUCACCUCAUUGCACAACAUGAACCUGCUGGGCUUGACAGGCAACCAGCUCAUCCACCUCAAGUUCAAGACCUUUCUGAACAUCCAGACCAUCAGCACCCACAUCCAGCUUGCGGGCAACCAGUGGGCCUGCGACUGUGACCUCCAGCGGGUAUUUGGCAAGAUCAUGAGUGUCCGACACCUCCACGUAGAUGACUAUGAGAACAUCACCUGCGCCAGCCCCUGGCAACUUGCUGGCUCUCCCCUCAUUUCUGUGGAUAGUCAGUUGUGUGUGGCAGAGACAGCCACUGUCCUUGUGAUCACUGUCACUGUCUUGGUGACAGUGAUUGCUGCAAUCGUAAUGGCAGAAAGGAACAGGAAGAAGAACCAGGAGAAGAACUGGAAUGAGUCAGAAGGCCCUUUUGACUCACAAGAUAAAUGA